AGCAAGUUGAAUACAUUGGUGCAGAAACUUCAUGACUUCUUGGCUCACUCAUCGGAAGAAUCUGAGGACGCAAACUCUCCUCCAGCAUCAUCUAAAAACAAAACCACAGGUAAAAAGGCAUUUUAUGUUUUUAUUGUCAAUGUAUGUGUGAUUCUACAUCCAGCUUCAAUGGAGAACAAUAGAGAAGAGGGCAGUAGUUCUUCAGAAAGAAACAAAUCCUUAGGAUCAUCACGUUCAAAAAGGAAACCUACAAUUGUAACAAAAUAUGUUGGAUCAGAUGAUGAACAAACCUUGGACGAAACUGUAAAUGAAGAUAUUUCAAAUGAAAACUCAGAAAAUGAUGUUGAUAUGAAAAGCUUGCCUAAAGGUACAGUGGUUGUACAGCCUGAGCCAGUGCUGAAUGAAGACAAAGAUGAUUUUAAAGGGCCUGAAUUUAGAAGCAGAAAUACUGUUAAAAUGAAACCUGAAGCUCCCAAAAAGCGUGGAGAGGAAGGACUACAUGGAAUUGUAAGCUGUACAGCUUGUGGGCAACAGGUGAACCAUUUUCAAAAGGAUUCAAUCUAUAGACAUCCUACACUGAAAGUUCUUAUUUGUAAGACUUGCUACAAGUACUACAUGAGCGAUGACAUUAGCCGUGAUUCAGAUGGAAUGGAUGAACAGUGUAGGUGGUGUGCUGAAGGUGGAAAUUUGAUUUGCUGUGACUUUUGCCAUAACGCCUUCUGUAAAAAGUGCAUUUUGCGCAACCUGGGUCGAAAGGAGCUAUCGACUAUACUGGAUGAAAAUAACCAGUGGCACUGCUAUAUUUGCCAUCCAGAGCCUUUGUUGGACUUGGUCACUGCAUGUGACAGUGUCUUUGAAAAUUUAGAACAGUUACUGCAACAAAACAAAAAAAAGAUCAAAGUUGAAAGUGAAAAAAGUAAAAUAUAUGACCAUACAGUCAAGUUUUCUCCAAAGAGAAAUAAUUCAAAUUGUAAUGGGGAAGAAAAAAAAUUAGACGAUUCAUAUUCAGGUUCACUAACAUAUUCUUAUAAAGCACUAAUGGUGCCAAAAGACUUGCUUAAGAAAACAAAAAAGCUGGUUGAAACUACAGCAAAUCUGAAUUCUAGCUUUGUAAGCUUUUUGAAAAAUGCUGCAGAAAAUGUAGAAAUAAGCCCAACUGUGCAACUUUGUCAGCUAAAAGCUUUUAAAUCUGUGUUGAGUGACAUGAAAAAAGCUCAUCUGGCACUAGAAGAAGGUCUGAACCUGGAGAUACAAGCUUUGAAUGUUAAAAUGAAAGAUAAAAAUACCAAAGAGAAAAAAACUGAUGUUAGAUCAGAAAAAAAUGAGGUGAACAAAGAUGAAGGAAAGGAACAUGUGGCAUUAAAAGAGGAUGACACUGUAAAGACACAGAAAAAAGUUGUAUCUGAACAGCCUGACGGUGAGCCCAUGGAUCAAAGUGUUCCAACAAUGGAACAAACGGAUAACAAGCGUACUUCUGGUGAAGAUAAAAGGUCCGGCAGAAAUGACGAACCUCAGUAUGAACCUAAUAGUACAGAGGCUUUAGACAUGGACAUAGUAUCCAUUCCCUCAUCUGUUCCUGAAGAUAUUUUUGAGACUCUAGAAUCUGCUAUGGAGAUUCAGAUUACAUCAGACGAGCAAGACAAUGGAAAUACAGGAACAGAUAAUGAGACUCUAAAUUCAAAUACAAAGCUGAACACUCCUGUGAAAGAUAGCAAAGGUGGUACUAAGUUAAAAUUAUCAGCUAAAGGAACAAAAGAAUUGAUUGUAAAAUUGACUCCUGUUUCCCUUUCAGAGUCUACAGUUAAAGCUGAGGAUCAAGACAGCAAUCUAGAAAAGGGAAGUAAGGAUGUUGAUGUAAUACCUAGAGCAGAAAACUGUGAUUCUGUAAAACAGAAUCAUAAUGCUGGCAGUGAACCUUCCGUAGAAAACGAAACUGUCUCAGUUGUAGAGGAAUCUGAUCUCAGGAGAUCACCACGUGUGAAGACCACGCCUCUGAGGCGCCAAACAGACAUCAGUCCUUUAACAUCAAAUUCAGAAGAAGAUAGCAAUGACACGUCUAAUGAAAAACGUAAGAGAAACUCAUCAAAACAACCAAGGAGGAAAAAUGAUAAAAGAAAUUCUUCUGACAGUACUGUUGAUGGUCCUAGCCCUAAUAAACUUUCUAAAUCAAAAAAGCCAUAUGUAUUAGACCAUAGCUCGGAUUCUGAUGAGAUGCCAGCUGUUCUUAAAGAAGUAGCUAUGAUGAGUCACAGUUCUUCAGAUAUUGAUAGCAAUAGUGAAGCACCAACAAAUGAUCAGAACACUUUAAAUUUUCUAAAGAAUCAACCAGUAAAGGAUGAAAACGGAAAACGAAAACGAAAAAGUUCCAGUUCUGGUUCAGAUUUAGAUGCUAAAAGAGGCAAAUCAGCAAAAAAUUCCGCUACUGCUAAAAAGAAACGACAGAACUAUUCAGAUUCUUCAAACUAUGAUUCUGAGUUAGAAAAAGAAAUAAAAAUACUGAGUAAAAUUGAGUCUGCAAAAAAAGCCAAGAAAAAAUACUCACGAAAAGAAGAUAGUUAUGAUUCCUCUGAAGAAGAGCAGAGGAAAAAAGUAAGUAGUAACAGAAAGGUAAAUUUGAAGAAACAGAGAGAGAAAUCUUCUGAAGAUGAUGAUGCUGAAAAGUCUUCCCCGGAGAAGGAGAUUAAUCAUUCUUCUAAAGAUAAAAAAACUGGUAAGGGAUCAGCUGCCAAGGAAAGGAUGAACAGAGACUUGAAAGAAAAAACUGUAAAGGGAAAGCAUGAUGAGUCUUCUGAUGUUGAGAAGCCUUUACUGGAGAAAGAGGAGAGUAGUCCUAAAGGUGUAAAGCUAAUUGAUGUUAAGAAGAGCAAGGAUUUGAAAAAGAAAAAGGCACAGGAAGGUUCUUCUUCAGAGGGUACUGAGAAAUCUGUAAAGAAAGAGCAUGAUUUUGAUUCUUCAAAAGACAGAUUCAAGAAUAAAAAAGGAUCAGAAAGCAAAGUGAAGAAAUCUGAAAAAUUGAAAAAGAAAAGUUACAAGAAAGAACAAGAUGAUUCUUCUUCUGAUGUUGAAAAGUCAUCUCUAGAGAAAGGAAGUUGCAAUUCUUCUGAAAAUGACAAAACUAAAAAUGAACCAGUGUUUAAAGAAAAGAAAAGGAGGAAUUUGAGAGAGAGAGUAUCUAAAAGAGUGCAGCUUGAUUUAUCCUCUGAUGCUGAGAAAUCUCCCCUGAAAGAGGAGAGUUCUUCUGAAGAUGCUGUGCAGAGUAAAAACCAAACUGAAACUAAAGAAAAGAAAAAAAUAAGUCACAAAAAGAAAAUUCCCAAGAAAGAACAAAACGACUCCCUGUCCUCUUCUGAUGAGGAGUCUUAUGAAGACAGUAAGAAAAAGAUGAAAAGGGGGUCAAUGAAAGAAAGUAAAAAAAGUAACUUAAAAAAGAAAGUGUCAAAAAAGAAGGUGGUUGUCACUUCCUCUUCCUCAUCUGAUAAGGAAGAAAGUGAUGAACAUCAUUCAACAGGUGAUGGAAGCAGCGAUGAGCAGAAAAUUAUGCCAGUGACUGAAAACUUAAUGCUGUCUGCUGGUACAGGAUUUUGUCAGUCAUCAGGAGAUGAGGGAGAGACUAAAUCAAGGGCUGUUCCAAUGGAGGAGGAGGAAGAUGAUGAUGAUGACGAUCCUGAGAAUAGAAUUGCCAAGAAAAUGCUUUUAGAAGAAAUCAAAGCCAAUCUUUCCUCUGAUGAGGAUGCAUCUUCAGAUGAUGAAUCGGAUGAAGGAAAAAAGAAAACUGGAAAGCAAAAUGAGAACACAGGAGAUGAUGAAGAGAAUGAGAAGGAAGAUAAUUCUGAAUCGGAUUCAGAGGAAGAAGAAUCAAAGAAGCCUAGAUACAGACACAGACUGCUGAGGCACAAGCUGACAGUGAGCGACGGAGAGUCUGGUGAAGAAAAAAAGGUGAAACCAAAAGACAAAAAAGAAGGGAAGCGCAGAAAUAGAAGGAAAGUGAGCAGUGAUGAUUCAAAUGACUCUGAGUUUCAUGAAUCUGCAGUUAGUGAAGAAGUCAGUGAGUCUGACGAUGACCAACGUCCAAGGACAAGAUCUGCCAAGAAAGCUGAGGCGGAAGAAAACCAGCGCAGUUACAAACAGAAAAAGAAACGAAGGCGUAUAAAGGUUCAAGAGGAUUCUUCAAGUGAAAACAACAACAAGAGUAAUUCUGAGGAUGAGGACAAUGAUGAUUCAAAAUCUCCUGGAAAAGGCAGGAAAAAAAUAAGGAAAAUUAUUAAAGACGAUAAGCUGAGAACAGAAACACAAAAUGCACUUAAAGAAGAAGAAGAAAGAAGAAAACGUAUAGCAGAAAGAGAACGGGAGAGAGAGAAACUGAGAGAGGUGAUCGAGAUAGAAGAUGCUUCACCUCUGAAAUGUCCCAUUACAACUAAGCUGGUUUUAGAUGAAGAUGAAGAAACCAAAGAACCGUUAGUGCAGGUUCACAGGAAUAUAGUUACCAGACUGAAACCACACCAAGUAGAUGGUGUUCAGUUCAUGUGGGAUUGCUGUUGUGAAUCUGUAAAAAAAACGAAGACGUCUCCCGGUUCUGGGUGUAUUCUUGCUCACUGUAUGGGUCUGGGGAAGACGUUACAGGUAGUAAGUUUUCUUCACACAGUCUUGCUGUGUGACAAGCUGGAUUUUCGGACAGCUCUGGUAGUGUGUCCAUUGAACACUGCCCUGAACUGGUUGAACGAGUUUGAAAAAUGGCAAGAAGGUUUAGAAGAUGACGAAAAACUAGAGGUCUGUGAACUAGCAACUGUGAAACGCCCUCAAGAGAGAAGCUAUAUGCUCCAGCGUUGGCAAGAUGAAGGAGGUGUGAUGAUAAUAGGCUAUGAGAUGUAUCGUAAUCUUGCACAAGGCAGGAAUGUGAAGAGUAGAAAACUUAAAGAAAUAUUUAAUAAAGCUUUAGUUGACCCAGGCCCCGACUUUGUUGUUUGUGAUGAAGGACACAUACUAAAAAAUGAAGCAUCUGCUGUUUCUAAGGCAAUGAAUUCUAUUCGAUCUAGGAGAAGAAUCAUUCUUACAGGAACACCACUGCAAAAUAAUCUUAUAGAAUAUCACUGCAUGGUUAACUUUAUUAAGGAGAAUUUGCUCGGUUCAAUUAAGGAAUUCCGAAAUCGAUUUAUAAAUCCAAUUCAGAAUGGUCAGUGUGCAGACUCUACUCUGGUAGAUGUCAGAGUAAUGAAGAAGCGUGCACAUAUUCUCUAUGAGAUGUUAGCUGGAUGUGUUCAGAGGAAAGAUUACACGGCAUUAACAAAGUUCCUCCCACCAAAAUACGAGUAUGUUCUAGAAGUUCGAAUGACACCUAUUCAGUGCAAACUCUACCAAUACUACUUGGAUCAUUUGACAGGUGUAGGUAGUGGCAAUGAAGGUGGAAGAGGCAAAGCUGGAGCUAAACUAUUCCAGGAUUUCCAGAUGUUGAGCAGAAUCUGGACUCACCCUUGGUGUUUGCAGCUGGACUAUAUUAGCAAAGAAAAUAAGGGCUAUUUUGAUGAAGACAGUCUGGAUGAGUUCAUAGCAUCAGAUUCCGAUGAAACUUCAAUGAGCUUAAGUUCUGAUGAUUAUGCAAAGAAAAAAAAAUCCAAGGGGAAAAAAGUGAAGAAAAGCGGCAGUGAUAAUGAUGUUGAAGUCAUUAAAGUCUGGAAUUCAAGAUCUCGUGGAGGUGGAGAAGGAAAUGCAGAAGAACUUGUGAACAACCCUCCGUCUGUUACAAAAUCAGAUGAAGGCAAAGCUACAUCCUCUUCCAACCCUGGUAGCCCAGCGCCAGAUUGGUACAAAGAUUUUGUCACUGAUGCAGAUGCUGAAGUGUUGGAACAUUCUGGGAAAAUGGUGCUUCUCUUUGAAAUUCUUCGAAUGGCAGAGGAGCUUGGAGACAAAGUCCUAGUGUUUAGCCAGUCCCUAAUAUCUCUGGAUUUGAUAGAAGAUUUUCUGGAGCUGGCCAACAGGGAGAAAACUGACAAAGAGAAGCCUCCUAUUUAUAAAGGUGAAGGAAAAUGGUUCAGAAACAUCGAUUACUAUCGCUUAGAUGGUUCAACUACAGCUCAGUCAAGAAAGAAAUGGGCUGAAGAAUUUAAUGAUGAAACUAAUGUGAGAGGCCGCUUGUUUAUUAUAUCCACUAAAGCAGGUUCCCUCGGAAUUAAUCUUGUGGCUGCUAAUAGAGUAAUCAUCUUUGAUGCUUCUUGGAACCCAUCGUAUGACAUCCAGAGUAUUUUCAGGGUUUACCGCUUUGGGCAGAACAAACCUGUGUUUGUGUACAGGUUUUUGGCGCAGGGAACGAUGGAAGAUAAGAUCUAUGAUCGUCAGGUAACAAAGCAGUCGCUGUCUUUCCGAGUUGUCGACCAACAGCAAGUUGAACGUCAUUUUACUAUGAAUGAACUUACAGAGCUGUACACUUUCGAGCCAGAUUUGCUGGAUGAUCCGAAUUCAGAAAAGAAAAAGAAGAGGGAUACACCGAUGUUGCCAAAAGCUGUAAGGCUGGAUGCUGAGCCCCCUCAGCUCCCGCAGAAGGUGGGAGUUGAGAGCUGCAGGUGUGGAGGGCGGUGGGAAGUACGCAACCCGACGCGCGUUGCGGCUGGAUCACGUUGCAUGAUAUUCCGACACUUCGUUCAUGUUCGAACAAGACCUUCGGGUUGCCGAGGAGUGCUGAGGAGCCAGCCGGUGUGGUUCUCGGGGGCAAAUGCCUCUUGCACUACAUUUCUCUGCCCUUACCCCUCUGAAACAGCUUCUCCAUCUUGA